AUGGCAAGGGAAGACGACGAGAUGCGCAACAUGGAUCUUUGGGUGAAUCUUGCCACAAAGGUCAAGCUUUGGUUUGACAGCGUUACUGCUAAGGGCAAGCAUUCUGCUAUUGCCCAUGGAAAGUGGCAUAUCGUGCUACGAUAUUGGCAGGAGAUCACAAAGAACGAAUCUGUCUCGGGUGCGACACGCGAGCUCUUUGCGGAGCUGCCACCUCGAGUCGCCGGCGUAAAGCGUAAAGCCGAGCCAGCUGCUCCUCCCUUGAAGACCUUCUUCCGAGGUACCCCGAUCCACGAAGCAGCCGAUUCGUGA